CCAAUCAACAUAGAUCCGACAAUCACCAUAGAUGGAAAACAGUACAACAUAGACACAACAGACCUCGAAUUUAUCAGUCGAUUGGGGAAUGGCGCUUAUGGAGUUGUUGACAAAAUGUUACAUAAAGAAUCAGGAACCAUCAUGGCUGUCAAGCGAAUUACCUGCACUGUAAAUUCUUUGGAGCAGAAGCGACUGUUGAUGGAUUUGGAGGUUAAUAUGAGAACUGGAAACUGUCCAUACACCGUUCGAUUCUAUGGAGCGCUUUUUAGAGAGGGAGAUGUGUGGAUUUGUAUGGAGGUGAUGGACACGUCGUUGGAUAAGUUUUACAAGGACAUUUACAAGAAUGGCAAGGUCAUUCCGGAGGAUAUUCUAGGAAAAAUUGCUGUUGCUGUUGUAAAAGCAUUGCACUAUCUCCAGGCUGAGUUGAAAGUCAUCCAUCGAGACGUCAAACCAUCCAACAUACUCAUCAAUAGGAACGGCGAGGUGGUAAAAAUAUGUGAUUUCGGAAUUAGUGGGAACCUGGUUGAUUCAGUUGCAAAGACCAUGGACGCAGGCUGCAAGCCAUAUAUGGCUCCAGAAAGAAUAGACCCAGAUGUGUCAGGCAAGGGUUAUGAUGUUCGCUCUGAUAUUUGGAGUCUUGGAAUUUCUAUGAUUGAAUUAGCAACUGGGAAAUUCCCGUACCAAACGUGGAGGACUCCAUUCGAACAGCUGAAGCAAGUUGUCAACGAGAACCCACCCAGACUGCCUAGGGCUGGAUAUUCGGAAGAAUUUCAAGAUUUUAUUGAUGCUUGCCUAAAGAAGAAAUUCGUAGAGAGGCCAAACUACACGCAGUUACUGGAGCACCCCUUCAUCGUCCACAGUGAGGAGAAGAAGGUCAACAUGGCUGAAUUCGUGCAGAUGUCGCUAGACGAGGCUGAAGAGAAUGCCGAUUUGCCUGAUUGA